CGGGGCGUUGCGGCCGCGCGGCGGGGCCCGGCCAGUCAUGGCCGCCUCCGUCUUCUGCUGCUUCUCCUGGUGCCGCGAUGCCGGCGCCGGCCACAUCCCGCUGAAGGAGAUGCCGGCCGUGCAUCUCGACACGCAGCGCAUGGGAACAGAUGUCGUUAUUGUUAAAAAUGGCAGAAGAAUAUGUGGCACAGGAGGCUGCUUAGCCAAUGCACCUUUGCAUCAGAACAAGAGCUAUUUUGAGUUUAAAAUCCAGUCCACAGGGAUUUGGGGUAUUGGAGUCGCAACCCAGAAAGCAAACUUAAAUCAAAUUCCACUUGGUCGAGAUGUCCAUAGCCUGGUGAUGAGGAAUGAUGGAGCUCUCUACUAUAACAACGAGGAGAAAAACAGACUCCCAGCAAACAGCCUUCCUCAGGAGGGUGAUGUAGUGGGCAUUACAUAUGACCAUGUAGAAUUAAAUGUAUAUUUAAAUGGGAAGAACAUGCAUUGUCCAGCUUCAGGAAUCCGAGGGACUGUCUACCCAGUGGUCUAUGUCGAUGACAGUGCCAUUCUGGAUUGUCAGUUCAGUGAAUUUUAUCAUACACCUCCACCAGGGUUUGAAAAGAUCCUCUUUGAGCAGCAAAUCUUCUGAAUGUCUUCAUACUGAAAAUUUGCACCCUGCACUGUUACAAAAGCUUUGUCAUCUUAAAUAAAGCUUCACAUUAUUCCUAGGAAACAUAUCUGUAUUUUCAGUAAGUAUUUGUGACUGUCAUCUGCAGAAUUAAUAUGUUGACUGCAGCACCAGAUAGCUGUGUUGCAAAUACAAGAUUUCUGACAAUGUUUUGUGGUUGAAAGUGAGUGCUUAGGGGCAGAGUUUUUCUCUGAUUUGUACUUGAUGCAUAAGGAGACUAAGGGUUAUUACUGACAUCAGUAUUACAUUCAGGAUUUUGAAUAAACUGAAGCUCUGUAAAGCCAAUUGUUCUUACACCUAUGACAGCUAUGGAGAUGGAUGGUUCUCAUUAUUUUUUCCCCAGCUUUUUUCACACAGAAGUUACGUACUUUGUCUAAAGGAAGCACUGUGUGUCUAGUCUGUGCUUUGGAGUUGUGGUGUCCCAGUUGUGCACAAUGGCUAAUAACACAAUGGCAUAACUAGCAGCUAGAUAAUUUUUUUGCAAGGUGUAAUUUAAUCUCGUCCUUCAACCUUAGACCUACAAAUAAAACUUACCUAUUUCUCCUAGCUUUUCAUUUGCUUUUAUUGUUACAAAUAAUAGGACAUUCUCAGUUACACUUUUUUGUUGAGCAUUAUAAAGUAAAACUGGACACACCCUGGGUUUUUGAGGACCACCAUACUGUGUAGUAGAGUAAGUUCAGAUCACUCAACCUGGAAAAGAGCCAGGUGAAGGUUAUGAGAUGUUAUGGUGAAGCCUUACAUCUAAAUUGUAAAUUAGAUUAUUCUUUUAUGGAAUAGCAUGUUUAUUUUCUUUGUGAAUCAUUUAUAAAUGAUUAGUGGCUAAGACAUUGUUCUAAAAUGUGAUGCCCUCGAAUAUAAAUUGUGAGAUGCUUUUUUUCCCUUUCACCAUAUUUAAUAUACUUUGUGGAAUACUUUUUAUUGUAAAGAAAAUCUUCAUACUGGACAUUUGGUUUUGUUUUUGGCUCUUCCUGGGUUAAGGCAUUUACAUAAAUUAAUGGUUUUGUUUAAAUAUUUUUAGAAACGAUCUGAUUCUGAACUUUUCAAAUACAAACAGCUUUCUCAAAGCCUUUCACCUUA